AUGUCUACAUCUGAAGAAAGAUCCAAUCCACCAGCCAGAUCUCAAUGGCCCCAACAAGGUGAAAUCAACAGUGAUGAUUUGGGAAACCACCUGGACACUGAAAAGGAAAGCAAUGACUCAGGACAGGAAUCUGUUGCCUUAUGUUCAUCAGAAGACUCUGUUACUGUGAAUGAAAAUGAGCAGGCAGGCGAUGCUGUUAUGGAAGAGGAAGACAUGUUGGCUGGCGGCUCUGCGGAAGAAAAUGAAGACAUGUUGGCUGGAAAUCCUGCCACUGAAGAAGAAGACAAUAUGUUGGCAGUGUUAUUUGCGUCAGAAGAAUACGAAAUGAACGGCAACCAGGACAUGGAUGUGGUUUACUGGAGUGGUGAUGAAGACGAAGUGGACAACUACUCUGAAAUAGAUGAAGAUAGAACUGAAGAAGAACAAAAUUGGGCUGACACUGAAAUGUCUGAUACCAAUUCCAAUCCAAGCUCAUCCUCGACAUGCACUGAUGGACACAUGCAAGAAGAACAAUUUUAA